AAUUUCCCUAACAAAAAAAAUACUGCUGAGCCCUAAAAUCAGGCGGGUGUUUCUUAUUAUUUAGCAAAAUUCUUUAAUGCCAACGGACUAGAAUGCCAGAAAAUAACUCCACUGUGGAGGCUCUUUAUCGGCACUUUGGACACACGAAAUUCAAGUCGCAGCUUCAGGAAAAGGCGGUAAAUGCUGCAGUAAAAAUUUCUAUAGGGAAACAGGAUGUUUACGUCUCUAUGCCCACUGGAUCCGGAAAGUCGCUAUGUUUUCAGUUGCCCGGACUCAUGCGGGAAAACCAGCUGACCAUAGUAUUCUCACCUCUGCUAGCUCUCAUCAAGGAUCAGAUCGACCAUCUAACGAAGCUAAAAAUCCAGGCCGACUCGCUUAACUCAAAGAUGACAGUCAAGGAGCGGGAUCGCGUUAUUAUGGAUCUGAAGGCGGUAAAGACAAACAUAAAGUUUCUUUAUAUUACUCCAGAGCAGGCGGCCACUAAGUUUUUCCAAGAUCUGCUGCAAUUGCUCUAUAAGCACAACAAGCUGGCCUAUUUUGCGGUGGAUGAAGCGCACUGUGUUAGUCAGUGGGGGCAUGACUUUCGCCCAGACUAUCUAAAGCUAGGUGACCUGCGAAUCAAGUACAAGGAUGUUGUUUGGCUAGCUCUGACGGCGACUGCCUCAAAGGAGGUACGGGAAGAUAUCUACAAGCAACUGCGUUUGCAGACGCCGGUGGCUCAAUUUUCCACUCCAAGUUUUCGCAGGAAUCUUUUCUACGAUAUCGUUUACAAGAACUCCAUCGAAGAUGAUUUCCAACAUUUGGCCGAAUUUGCCCAUCAUUGUUUGGGAGAUCCAAAAGAAUUUAAAGGGACUCCCAAGUCUCAGCGUGGCUGUGGAAUCAUCUACUGCAGGACCAGAGACCAGGUGGAGCGUGUUGCUGUAGGGGUGAGCAAGCAGGGUGUAGGUGCAGUCGCCUAUCAUGCAGGUCUGAAGACAGCAGAACGCACGCAGGUCCAGGAAAGCUGGAUGGAGGGCGUGCAUCCAAUCAUCUGUGCAACAAAUAGCUUUGGCAUGGGCGUAGAUAAGCCAAGUGUUCGGUUUGUCAUCCACUGGGACUGUCCACAAAACAUUGCCGCCUAUUAUCAGGAGUCAGGUAGAGCUGGACGUGAUGGCUUGCAGUCAUAUUGCCGGCUGUAUUAUGGCAGGGAGGAUGUGAAAAGCAUACGAUUUCUCCUGCAGCAGGAUUCCCAAAGAGCGCGCGGUCGAGGCGAUCGAGAGCUACUCACUGAGCGAGCAUUAAAGCAAUUCGAAAAAAUUGUGGACUUCUGUGAAAGGGUUAGCUGUCGCCAUCGACUAUUUGCCGAUUUCUUUGGUGAUCCGCCGCCGCAAUGCAAUGGUCAAUGUGAUGUUUGCAAGCGCCCGAAGCGGGUUGAAAAGGCUUUGGAAAUGUUCCAUCGGUUGUGCAUGGAUAAUCAGUUUAAGUCUCAGAUUUCCCUACAGGAUUGCGCAGAUUUGUAUGAAGGUGGAAGAGCUGGAACCAAGCGAGCGGCGCAGGAGUAUGUCGACGGAGAAUCCAAUUCUGAUGGUGAAAGCCACUCCUCCAUGGCUAAACGUGCCAAAAAGGAUGCCGAGGAUUUUAUACGAAAGCAAUUCAAGUUACGAAAGCAAAUCUCAGCCGCGCGGCAAAUGGAACAGGAGUCGCCCGCCCAGAUUGCCCGAGUAAAACACGCCCAGUCUACCGAUACAAAGAUUCACGGAUUACAGCAUAGCCAUCGAGAAAAAUAUCUGACUGCCAUUAUAAACAACCUUAAAGCGAAUGUGGAAAAAUGCAAGGCUGAUGAGGACCAGCAGUCUAGGAGUUCCCUCAACUACAAUGAUUUCGAAGCCAUGGCUGUGGACCUGGAAUACGAAGUGUUUCGCCAGCAAAAAGUGGCCAAUAUGUAUCGCCAUGCAUUGGCUAAACAGAUUUCUGCCAUAAAACAAUUGACAACGAAGACAAAGCUAAUGCCUUUGAUUGCUGAUUAUGUGCCCAAGGCCGAGACCAGCGCUAAGGGUGUCUGGACAGGUGGAAGUGUCGCUUACUUUGAACGUAAGCUGAAGAAGCUGGAAGAACAUAAACCACAGGCCCUUAAAGAUCCGCCAAAAGCUUUGCGGGACAAGAAGGGCUUUAAACAGGAUCAAAGCAAACAAAUGACAAUCGCUAGCUUUUUUAGGAAGGAUGUAAAAAAGGAGAAAAUCAAGAAUGAGGAGAAAGUGGAAGAACGGCCAUUAGCGAAGGUGAAAGAUGAGCCGGAAUACAAAGUAACUGAUUCAGAUUUGGAAGAAAAAGCCGUGAGUAAAGAAAAUAGUUUGCAUAAACUAGAGAAUGAAGGAGUUGACGAGCCAACUCCCACCAAAAUCGACAAUACAGAACUAUGCGCGAUAGAUAAAUUCGAGCUCGAUUCCGCUGUAGGACAAAGAAAGUACAAGCUUUUAUCUAAUUCAGAUGGCAGCUUUGAUACCCAUCGUAGAAAACGCAUAUCUCAUCUAGAGCUCGUAGAAAAACAAGAAGAGAUAAAGGAUUCAACAAAAUCAACUCAACGUAUCGUUUUUGAAACCAAAGCGGAGAAUAAAACAGAGGCAGUUUGCAAUGGUUUCAUAACUGCUCGUCAAAUGCUAGCCUCUAAGAACGAUAAAGGUGAUGUAUCUGAAACAGAGGUGGGCAAAAGUCCUGGAAAUAGUUUCAUCACAGCUCGACAAAUGCUAGAAAAUCAAAUGGAAGCAAAAGUAGACGAAAAGGAACAGAAAACGAAGAACUUCAAUAAGGAGAAAAAAAAGGUGGCCUUAACUCAGGAUAAAAUCAAUAUAAGUAAGUCAGUGGUGCAAUGGCUUAAUCCGUACUAUAAGCGUAAAAUAGCCACAAAGGAGCUAUUCAAAGCUUUGGCCAAACUUCUGACAGAGCGCAUCUGCGAAGGCACUUUGGGAAACGGAGAUGAAGGCAAAAGUUAUAUACGGGAAACCUUUCGUGGUCUACAAAUGAUUUCGAAUGAUCAUGAUAUUGAUAAAUACUUUGCCAAUCCUCCCAUUAAGUAGGAAACCUAACACAAAAGAGACUUGAUAGAAUUCCAAAUGCUAGACACUUAAAGUACUUUUUGUUUUGUCGUUAUCGUUAUAUUACAUUAAUAUCCAGUUAACAAUCUAUUUACUUAAGCCAUCUGAACUCUACUUAAUGAAGCUUUUUAAGAUUCUUACAUCGGAA